AUGGCCAACGCAUGCCACCAAGGACAUGUGGACGUUGUGAAGCUGUUGGUUCAGCAUUUUGGGCUACCAGUCGUCCACUUCCCCGACGUAAUCAACGAAGCUAUAGAAAAUGACCAGUUGAGUGUUGCAGAAAUGUUGCAUCGCAUGGGUGGAGCAUGUGCCCCUUCGGACAUAGCGCUGGAGGCCGCGGAAUCCAAGGGAUGCUGUGACGUGGUCAGCUAUGUGCAUGAGAAUUGCAACAUGGUGUGGACGACCUCUGUCAUGGACAAUGCAGCGAUACAUGGCCAUUGGGAUCUGGUGCGCUUUCUGCGUGACCAUCGCAUCGAAGAUAGUUGUACGACUGAAGCGAUUGACAUGGCGGCGCCAAUGGACAUUUGGAAAUCGUGCAAUGCUUACACUCGACUCGGACCGAAGGAUACACCGCCGCUGCGAUAUUCAUGGCAGCGAACAAUUGUCAUUUGGAAGUCCGAUCACGCAGCCGACAAAGGUCAUUUGGUAUUUGUUCAGUUUUUGCACUAUUAUUCGCGCAUGGACGGCUGUAUGACCCGCGCGAUGGACGUCGCGGCCAUGCAUGGGCAUUUGAAAGUGGUGCAAUUUCUGCACCACCAUCGGGACGAAAGCUGUACGACCCGAGCCUUGGACAAUGCCGCCAGUUGCACUGUCGGUGCGAUGGACAAGGCAGUCAGCCGCACAAGGCCAACUAGAAGUUAUUCAUUUCUUGCACGGCCUUCGACUCGAAGGGUGUACGACCAUGCGCUCGACGAUGCGGCCAGUCGAGGCAAUUUGGACAUGGUUCGAUUUCUGCACGGCCAUCGAACCGAAGGAUGGACGACCCAAGCGAUGGAUGCCAUGGCGGCAAGGGGUGGACAUUUGGAAAUCGUGCGAUUUCUAUGCGAAACUCCACCCGACGAAAGUGGUUCGCUCAAGGCGUUCGUGGAAACGAUGGAUGCCGUGGCUGGAAAUGGCCAUUUGGAGAUGCUGGGGUGCUGCAUCUGGAAAGACAAGCCACGUGCUCUUGUGUCGGACUGA